GAUUGUGAGUUUUUCAGAGGAAACACUCCAUAUAUUUUCACAUGACAUCACCCAAUGACAAGACCGUGAAACUCAGCAGAAGGCCAACACAGACAGAUGGAGCAAAUCCUGAUGUGUGUCCUCCUCCUCCUCCUCUUCCUCCAGUCUUGGGAGGUUCAUAUAAUCAACUUCUCCUCAUUCUCCAAACAUGCAUCCUUAUGAAGCUCUGCAGUGUGAUGUCAGGGAUCCAGCAGCACUAGUUUAGAAGAGGAUCCAGGAGAGGAGAAGGGAGCUCUGAGGUUUUCACACCAGCCCUGUCUCUGCCACCAAAUACUUGAGACUGCAUCCUGACAACAGAAAUGUCAGAGGCCAAUCAGUCGGUCAGUUCUUCCUCGUUGACCAGUGAGGAACUGGCAGCAAUUGAGGAUGAAGACGUUCUCAACAAGAUGCUGGACAAUGCAAAAGAUUUUGAAGAGAGACGCAUGAUUCGAGCUGCAUUAAGGGAUCUGCUCAAGAGAAAGAUAGAUAAACGGAAGGAAGAGCGGGGAUCCAGGCAGGAGGACUUAAGACAGCAAGGCUUGAGCAAAGGUGGUUCAACAACAGGUGGAGCCAUAAACACAGGCAGAGGCUCCAUGAACCAGCAGCCAUCAACAAACAAAGGAACAGGCUCGUCAUCAGCCUUCACUCCCUUCAACAGAACAGCAGGCAGUCCUGCUGUGACUUCACCCCCGAAAUCUCCUUCUGCUGCAGUACCCAACGCAAAAAAUGUCAAACAGAUGCUUCUGGACUGGUGCAGGGCCAAAACAGAGCCAUAUGAGGGAGUAGACAUCCAGAACUUCUCCUCCAGUUGGAAAGACGGCAUAGCCUUCUGCGCUUUGGUACACCGCUUCUUCCCUGAUGCCUUUGAGUACUCCAUCCUCAACCCAAAUAAACCCAAGGAAAACUUCCAACUGGCUUUCAGCACUGCAGAGAGGCUGGCUGGCUGCCCCCCUCUACUGGACGCUGAUGACUUGGUCCGGAUGAAAGAGCCAGACUGGAAGUGUGUGUAUACAUACAUCCAGGAGUUUUACCGUAGCCUGGUGGAGAAAGGCCUGGUCAAAACCAAAAAGAGACUUUAGACUAUCUUUGGGUUUUCUAUCUUUGCCGGUAUUUUCUUUCUUUUUUUUUUUUUUUUACACACAUGAGCACAAGUUAAGGUUGAAUACACGCAGCAACAUGCACUUUUUCAGCUGAAUACAUACUUUUUUUGCAGUUUGACAUAUAUGAGCUGUAAGCUGAUGUGCAGUAUAUGCAUUAUUUGACAGUGUGCUUAAUGUGAAGUAUUUGCAUUGGUUUGUGUAUUAGUAGGGACUUGUCUGUGUAUUCACUCUGUGGACAGCUGGCGCUUAGGAUCAGUGCAUUCCUCUGAGAUUACACAUCUGCAUCAAUCCCAGUCAGAAAAAUAGAGAAUCUGGGAACUCAUUUUAUGAUGAGUCUGGUCAGUGACUGAGAGUGUGAGUAUUAGUGAAACAUUUAAUAAAUAUUAUGUAUUCCAUUA